AUGGAUAAAGCAAUGAUGACGGUGUCUCUAGAAGAAGAAAAUGAACCUUUUGAUAUGCCAAACUUGCCUCAAUUCAGAUCUUCAGUAAGGAACUCGAUGAGCUUGGUUGGAAGACUUCUAAACCCUAGUUGUCAGAAGAUGGCAAGCUUAAUCUUGGAUAUGCCCAGAAAAUGGAAGAAGUAUGAUAAAGUUCAUACUCAUAACAAGUGGGCAUUGUCGCUUGAAAUAUGGGUAAAGAGCCUGCCUGUGGAUUUCUUGCAACAUAUUCCGUUGUGGGUUCAGAUUAGUAACUUACCGAUUAAUCGUUACACGGCUGAAGCCAUUUCAGCUUUAGUUGAUCUGGUGGGUAAGGUGACAGAUGUAGCGUUUGAUCCCACGAAGCCAUCUCUCAGUAGUUUCAAGAUUAUAAAUCAACCGGAAGGUGGAAGUACGAAGAUUAUAGUUGCUAAAGAGCUUGUCUUGAAAGAACCAGACCCCCUGUUUGGAGUGCUUAGAGAAGAUCAGGUUGGUAUUAAUCCGGCUACGGGUAGAUUAAGGAUCGUUAAGGAAGUUUUGGAAAGUAUGCGUCAGUACUUACUUAUGGCAAGUGAUACUGAAAGGAACAUUAGGGAGGAUAGAGUGAAGAGUUCUGUAGCAGCAGCUGAAAAAGAUCUAGUUACAAAAAAGAUAGCUCUUAGCUUGGAGCUGAAUCCUAUUGUCUCCUCAGAUCUUAACAAAGGGAAAGGUCUCGUGUUUUGCUAUACACCACAAGUUCCUACCAAUGUUAGGGAAGCUUCUGAAGGUCAAAGCCAGAAGAUGUUAGCAUCUGCUAUUAGAACUGAAAAUAUUUUGUCAUUAUCUCAAGAAAAAUCAUCGAGUAGAGCGGUCUCUAUUUCUGAUUAUGAAGAGGUUAAUUCUUACUUAUUUCAAACUGGUACUACAGUUUGUGGCUCUGGCUUCUUGAACCAGACCAUUCCGGUAGUAGUAUGA